AUGGUCUUUGUGCCCUGUCUUGUUUUGUCAGCUCAGUUUCUUUUCCUUUAUUCACUCUUGUCUUUCACAUUUACUACAUCUUUUCCUUUAACUCACCCAAAGUGUCAUGAAGAUGAAAGUCAUGCCUUGUUGCAAUUCAAGGAAGGCUUUAACAUCAAUAUGACUGCCUCUUGGAAUCCUUCCAGUUAUCCUAAGACAGCGUCCUGGAAUGCAAGCACCGAUUGCUGCUCUUGGGAUGGCAUUCAAUGUCAUGAGUACACAAAUCGAGUGAUUCACAUUGAUCUUAGUAGCAGCCAACUCUAUGGUACAAUGAAUGCAAAUAACACUCUCUUUUCCCUUACACGCCUUCAAAGUCUUGAUCUUUCUGACAAUGACUUCAAUUACUCUCAAAUCCCACCCGAGAUAGGAGAGCUUUCACAAUUAAGAUAUUUGAACCUUUCUCGUGCCAUGUUUUCUGGAGAAAUUCCACCACAAGUUUCACAGCUGUCUAAGUUGUUGUUUCUUGAUCUAACACCCCAUACUAUAUCAGGUCUUAGAGAUAGUGAAGUCAAUCUUAUGCAACUCAAACAUUCCAGUCUGAGAAGCAUAAUUCAUAACUCAACAAAACUUGAGUAUCUUCUACUUGAUUACGUGACAAUUUCAUCCUCUUUACCAGACAAACUCACAAACCUAACUUCCCUGAAAGCACUAUCUCUUUACAAUUCUGAAUUGUAUGGUGAAUUUCCAGCUGGAGUAUUUCAUCUUCCAAACUUGAAAUUUCUGGAUUUGAGUUAUAAUUCAAAUCUCAAUGGUAGGUUGCCUGAGUUUCAGUCUAGUUCACUUACCGUACUAGUACUUGAUUAUACAGGUUUCUAUGGUACACUUCCAGUAUCCAUUGGAAAGCUUAGUUCUUUAAAUACCCUAUCAAUUCGAAAUUGCAAUUUUUUGGGCUAUAUUCCUUCUUCCCUUGGCAACCUCACACAACUCGUGCAAAUAAGCCUUCAAAAUAACAAACUUAGUGGUGACCCUUCAGCUUCCCUUACAAAUCUUACGAAACUAAGCAGAUUGUUAGUUGGUCAUAAUGAAUUUACUUUCGAGACUAUCUCAUGGAUUGAAAAUAGCAAUAUAAAGGGUGAACUUCCAUCUUGGAUGAUGAACCUAACAAAUUUAGCUGUCUUGAUCCUACCCCAGAAUUUUUUGUCUGGAAAGCUAGACCUUAACAUGUUUCUCAACAAACAUCUUUUUUAUCUUGAUUUAUCAUUCAACAAACUGUCAUUGUACAGUGGCAAAAGUUUAUCCCAUAUGAAUGAUUUUGGAAUUCAAAUCUUACAAUUGGAUUCUUGCAAUUUACAUGAGGUUCCAACAUUUAUAAGAUAUUCUCGUAAUUUACAAUAUCUUGGCUUGUCAAACAACAAUAUAACUUCGUUACCUAGUUGGUUGUGGAGAAAAUCUAGUCUACAAACCUUAGAUGUUUCCCACAAUUCAUUGACAGGAGAAAUAUCCCCAUCCAUAUGCAAUCUCAAAUCUCUCAUCGAACUUGAAUUAGGAUUCAACAGUUUAAGUGGCAAUGUUCCCUCAUGUAUAAUUAACUUUACCCCAAAUCUACAAGUUUUGACGUUACAAGGGAACAAAUUGUCUGGUCUCAUUCCUCAAUCAUACCAGAUGGAAAAUACCCUUAAGAUGAUUGAUUUCAGCAACAACAAUCUCCAAGGUCAGUUGCCAAGAGCAUUGGUCAACUGUGGAAGUCUAGAGUACUUUGAUAUUAGCCAUAACAAUAUCAACGAUUCUUUUCCAUUCUGGCUGGGAGAUUUGCCUGAGUUGAAGGUAUUGGCUCUAGGUGACAAUGAAUUUCAUGGAGAUAUUAGGUGCCCUGACAACAUGACAUGCACAUUUCCCAAACUUCACAUCAUUGAUCUUUCUCACAAUGAGUUCUCUGGAAGUUUUCCAUCAAAAAUGAUCCAGACUUGGAAAACAAUGAAAACAUCCAACACAAGUCAAUUACAGUACGAGGAAACCUCAAUAUUCCAUACAUUCGACAAGUCAAGAGGAUCUUCGACGACAGGAAAUGUUUCUUAUUCGUUCAGAAUGUCAAACAAAGGGAUGGUCAUGGUUUAUGAGAAGCUUCAAGAGUUUUACAGUAUGAUAGCCAUUGAUAUGUCAAGCAACAAAAUAAGUGGAGAGAUACCAAAAGUCAUAGGUGACUUGAAGGGUCUUGUUUUGCUCAACUUGUCAAAUAACAACCUUAUCGGCAGCAUACCAUCUUCUUUAGGGAAGCUUUCAAACCUUGAAGCAUUGGACCUUUCUUUCAACGGUCUUUCAGGAAAAAUUCCUCAACAGUUGACACAACUCACCUUUCUAGAGUUUUUGAAUGUGUCCUUCAACAAUCUCACAGGUCCUAUACCACAAAAUGAGCAGUUUUCUACAUUCCAAGAAAACUCAUUUGAGGGAAACCAAGGUUUGUGUGGGGAUCAAUUGUCAAAGAAGUGUACAGAACAUCCGGGGCCUUCUACGUCUGAUGGUGACCAUGACUCGGAAUCUUUCAUUGAAAUUGACUGGAAAGUAAGUUUGAUUGGUUAUGCAGGUGGUCUUGUUGCUGGAGUGGCAUUAGGAAUCAGUUACAGCUCACAGGUGCUUCGGUGGCUUAGAAGAAUAUUCUGA